AUGGCUGCUAACUCACAACAGUUUGGCAUUCGACAAGAUCCUAUUCCACCACCCAAAUCAGCUAAUGAAGUGAGCACCUCUAAUGCUAAUCAGCUGGGUCAACAAUUGGCUCAAUUAACUGCAGUGGUACAACAACUAGCUUUAGGCCAACAGGUAAGGCCAUGUGGAAUCUGUCAAGUUGUGGGGUAUGCUAAUGAUACUUGCCCUACUCUAUUUGAAGGGGAAACUGAGGGUGUUAAUGCUGUAAGAAAUUUCCUUGGUCAAUUUCGUCAGAUGUACUAUGAACCCUUUUCACAAACUUAUAAUCCUGGCUGGCGUGAUCAUCCAAAUCUUCAUUAUGGGAAUCAACAACAAGUUGCUCCACAAUCUACAUCUUCGAGACCACAUGGUUUCACUUUGCAACAGCGGUCUCAAAAUAAUUUUAUACCUAGACCGUCAAAAGCACCGCAAGCUACUCCACCACCGAGUGCCAAACCCUCUACUGAGGAUUUAAUCAAUCCACUUGCUACAAAUACUCUUCAGUUUCAGCAAACCACCCAAGCUUCCAUCAAAAGUUUGGAGAUUCAGGUGGGACAAUUAGCAGCAUCAUAUAACAGGUUGGAAGCUCAUCUAUCAAAUAAAUUGCCUUCACAACCUGAGAUGAAUCCCAAGGAGAAUGCUAGUGCAUCAACCACCCCUACACAACUAAACCCUAAGCCUACUUUUGUCAUCCCACCUCCAUUCCCAAGCAGACUAAAGAAGACUAAAAAGGAAGUGGUGGACAAGAAAAUUCUUGAUACAUUUCGAAAGGUAGAAGUGAAUAUUCCUCUUCUUGACGCUAUUAAACAAGUGCCGCGCUAUGCCAAGUUUUUGAAAGAGUUGUGCACUAAUAAGCGCAAAUUGAGGGGUAAUGAAAAAGUUAGUGUGGGGGAGAAUGUUUCUGCAGUUUUUCAAAAGAAGCUUCCACCAAAGUGUAAGGAUCCUGAUGAAUCUAUUCCAUGCUCUACUCCAAUUUUGUUGGGGAGACCAUUCAUGAAAAUUGCGAGAACUAAGAUUGAUGUGCAUGACGGUACAUUGACCAUGGAAUUUGAUGGGGAGACAAUUUGA